AUGGUGGGCAUUAAUUGCGUGUUUGCAUUUCUCCUGAAUAUUCCAGAUACGCCAAACCCAAGAAGCCGCAUGGCAGUAGUAGGGAAUAGGCCCCAGGAUAACUAUAUGCUUUUUCACAUGACACAAGGACAGGAAUUUCCCGUUCUUAAGACGAAAGAAAUUUUUAUGAUGCCAUACAGAAAGUCGAGAAAGAAUACAUUGCUAACAUCCUACUGUUCAUUUACUCUUGGUUUAUUUAGGAUCUUCCAAUCCUUUGGAGAGCAGCUUAGUAGGGUGAAAAAGAUUGAGGACUUAGAUUUUAAAAGAAGCAGUGAUGGAUAUGAAUUGUGUAAAAAAACAAUAUGGGAAUGGUGGGAGACGAAGAAACUAACCGAGAAAAACAAAAUCAACCCAAUCGGAAUGGAUAUACUCGUAACACAAACAAUAUGCUCACCAUCACAGAUUACAAGAUUAGGCCGUGAAGACAAGCUACGGCUCAUUGGAGAUUACAAUUGCUUUGCACCAUACCUGACUAGACAUGUGCCUGUUAUCAAUGCGGAUUUGCGUUUAAAAUUGAAGGAUAUUGUCUGGGGAUCUCAAGCAUUUAUCGGGAAGGGCAAAGGACCAGUGCACGCACUUGUAUGGUAUCAAGGAAACCUUCAUAUUUUCCAGCGGAGAGAAAGAAAUGCCGGUUGGUGGUAUCUUGUCACUAAGGUCGGCGCAGAGAAUGAAAACGGACAAGUUAUCUAUGACUUUAUUAUAAAGAAUUUUGAGAAAGUAAAAAAUCUGCAUAGAAAUCUACAGCAGCAAAAACUGAAUAGUCUUCGGAAUGUCCAAGAGUGUAAUUCUAAUUUAUUCUCCAAGAUGAAAUUGAGGAUCUGCUCCAAAAAGAGGCAUUCCGAAUAUGUCUUUGAUAGCCUAUCAAUGACAACCAUAAAUGGGGAACUAGGUUGCUUCUAUGAUCCGAAUAGGUCAAAUAUCUCUUUAAGAGGUCCUGAUUUGUAG